AUGGCCUCCUUCAGCGUAUCCCGGCUUGCCAUUCCAGCAGUCUCAGCACUCAUUGUGUUUCUCGCCUAUUCGUCUCAAUAUCUAUUUCUAUACACUGAGCCAGCUCCGAGCAAGAACCAGUUGAUUAAACUCAACCUGCUGGUUGCCUGUCUCUGGACCUGUUAUUAUCGGGCCUGUGCAACGGAUCCAGGGCGAGUGCCUGAUGGAUGGCAGCCGCCCGUUAAAAAUUAUGCCUCCGAAUCAGGUGGUCCCCAAUAUUCAUCCAAUCGUCAACGGUGGUGUCGAAGAUGUAAUGCUUUCAAACCUCCUCGGGCUCAUCACUGCAAGACUUGCCGACGAUGCAUACCAAAAAUGGACCACCACUGUCCAUGGACAGGAAACUGCGUUUCUCAUUUUACUCUCCCCCAUUUUAUUCGGUUUCUGUUCUAUGCGGUUGCUUCUAUGACCUACCUUGAAUGCCUCCUCUACCCACGAGUUGCUGUCGUUUGGCGGAACCGGCAUAUGCCAAGUUAUCACGGGCCGAGCCUCCCACAGCUAUUCCACCUUUUCCUGCUUGUCGUGCUGAAUUCUGUGGUACUCUUUGCGCUCAUAAUCCUCCUGGUCCGAACUCUCUGGUGCCUGGGCGGAAACACGACAACAAUCGAAGUGUGGGAGAUUGAAAGGCAUAAGACGCUUCUUCGGCGAGCCCGUGUGUUUGGGGGGUAUCUCGACGGCCCUGACGGUAUCAGGGUGCGGAUCCAGAAGCAGGAAUUCCCCUAUGAUAUUGGGAUUUGGGAAAAUAUAAAGUCGGGAAUGGGAGGAAGCGCCAACGUCAUAAGUUGGUUUUGGCCCUUUGCUUCAAAUCCACGUCGAGGUUCAGGGUUGGAAUUUGAAGUUAAUGGAUUUGAAGAAAGUACAUUGUCAUGGCCUCCCCCUGAUCCAGAUCGAAUGUAUAAGCCGAAGGCUCAAAACAACUUUGAAAAUGGGUUUACCUAUGAACAACCGUAUCUUUCGCAAAAUGAAGAGAUUGAUGCUUUCAAGCGUCGCCAAACGGAAGAUGCCAGACGCCGCCAGAUUGGGUCGGCGAUUCAGCGUCGAAGGCCCUUUCACCAACGAUAUAUCCAAAACGUGGAGAUAUGGGAUUCUCCCGACUUGAGUGGAUCGGAAGGUGGGGCCGACUCCGAUAGUUGUGAAGAGGCGUGGAGAGACUCGGAAGGGAACAGGCUUCGGGAUUUUGGGAUUGACGAGGAAGUUGAAUUUUAUGACGAAGAUGAUAUCCCACUUGCUGCGCUUCUUCGGUUAAAGAAACACAGAGCAGAGGCUUAA